AUGCGCAGUGCUGAUUGUUGGGUGACAUUGCGUAUCCGAAAUCUAUCUAUCUAUCUAUCUAUCUAUCUAUCUAUCUAUCUAUCACUGGUUAGAUCUAUAUAUGUAUGUACGUAUGUAUCUAUCUAUCUAACAAUGUUUAUCUAUAUAUCUAUCUCAGUCUGUUCAUAUGCAUCUAUCUCAGUCUGUUCAUAUCUAUCUAUCUAUCUAUCUAUCUAUCUAUCUAUCUAUCUAUCUGAGUCUUUUUAUAUCUAUCUAACUGUCGAUCUGAGUAUGUUCAUAUCUAUCUAUCUAUCUAUCUAUCUAUCUAUCUAUCUGUCUAUCUAUCUAUCAGACUGUUCAGAUCUAUGUAUGUAUGUAUCUAUUUAUCUAUCGGUGUCUUUUUAUAUCUAUUUAACUAUCGAUCUAUCUGAGUGUGUUCAUAUCUAUCUAUCUAUCUAUCUAUCUAUCUAUCUAUCUCAGAAUGAUGUUCAUCUAUCUAUCUAUCUAUCUAUCUAUCUAUCUAUCUAUCUAUCUAUCUAUCCCAGUCUGUUUAUCUAUCUAUUUAUCUAUCUAUCUAUCUAUCUAUCUAUCUAUCUUGUAUAA